CUGGACUACAAAGCUCCACGUGCUAAACUACUUCAGACGACUCACUCUGUCGCCUGAUUCAUUCACGAGACAUGACCUAGCUACUAUCUACACAGCGGGGACGCUGGGAAAAAGAAUAUCUAACACACCACCUCGACCUGCCUGCUUCGAGAGCAGAAGCCGAUCAUUCCGCACAUCCUACCCACCCCGCCCGCGGCCAUGAGCGAACUCAAGCAGCGCAAGGCUGCAGCGCAGUCGACCGAGCAUGCCCUCUUGAAUGGCAACACCAGCGCAUCCGAUUUCCACGUUAUUCCGCCUCUUAAGCAUGGCGCGCUCAUGCAGAUUCUGCGCAUUGUGGGCUUCGGCAUCUACUUCUUUGGAUCGUGUCUCGCUAUUCACGGGACGCAGCUCCUGGGACUUCCGCUCUACUUCAUAAGCAAGGAUUGGUUCUAUGCCUAUAUGGCUUUGACGAAGCAAUUUUUCGGCCUGCUCAUAACCACAAUGACCCAGUGGUGGAGUCCGACCGUCGUUCGCAUUUCUGGAGAUAAGAGCGUUGAAGGGUUAUUGUUCCAGGAUGCGCACGGAAUGGUACAAACGAACUUUGGCGAUAGAGCGGUGUUGAUGGCGAACCAUCAACUGUAUACGGAUUGGCUAUAUCUGUGGUGGAUCGCAUAUGCGAAUGCGAUGCCAAUGCAUGGACACAUUUAUAUCAUCUUGAAGGACUCUCUCAAGUGGGUGCCCAUGAUAGGGCCAGCUAUGCAGCUCUACGGGUUCAUCUUCAUGGCACGAAAAUGGGCUACAGAUCAAGAGAGAAUGAGGUAUAGACUACAGAAGCUCAAGACUCGGCAUUCGGGACCGAUGAGUGGACAAUCUGGAAAGGCGCAGCUGGAUCCUAUGUGGUUGCUGAUCUUCCCUGAAGGCACCAAUCUGUCUGCGAACACGCGAUCACAGUCCGAGAAGUUCGCAGAAAAGUCCGGACAGGAAAAGUUAAAGCAUCAGCUCUUGCCAAGGAGCACCGGGCUUCAGUUCAGCUUGCAAGAGUUGAAGGGAAGCGUGGACUACCUGUACGACUGCACAAUAGGAUAUGAAGGCGUUCCCGCUGGUCGGUACGGAGCAGAGAUCUUCACAUUGCGAUCCACGUAUUUCCAAGGACGCACGCCUAAGAGCGUGAACAUGCACUGGAGACGAUUCAAGAUUUUGGACCUACCGCUGGACGACAAGGAUGCGUUCUACGAGUGGAUCGUAGCGCGGUGGCGGGAGAAGGACGAACUAAUGGAAGUCUUCGCGAAGACAGGAAAAUUCCGAGCCGACUCAGCUGCGGUCAAAUUCGAGCGCGACUCUUUGAAAGCUUCGAAAACUCCAUACAUCAACACAUCGGUGCAGCUGAGGAAUCCGGUCGAGUUCGUGUCCAUCUUCAUGCCGAUAGCCGCAGCUACCAUGGUUGGGAGGGUGCUUGUCCAGCUUUUUGACAGACUCUCCCCUAUAUAGAGGACCCUAGACAUGUGUCUACACAGGCUUGAAUACACUGAAAGAGGGCAACCAGACUUUACAGUCGAGGAGGAAACAUUGGAUGAUACCCAAGGGAUGCGGAUUUGUAUAGAGCGGUGGAUAUAAUUUGACGACUCGCCUCAUGCCUAACGUACCUACGACGUCUUACACA